CCCGUCAGAGGGAACCACAGAUAAUCUCGAGUGAAUACCACGGACAAUAAUCCUUUCCUAUAAAUAUAUACGUUAUUGUCAUCGAACUGAGGUCGAUUCAGUGAAACGAUGCAACGGCUUCCUAAAGCGUAAUGUGCAUCGCGACUAUAAAGGUUGUAUCGACAGUGCACAGGUGUGAUUUAUGUGUCACAUUGGGGUGACCUAGUUUACAGAUAAAUUUUCGCCCCUAAUUUUCAUCGGCUAUGACCCUGCAGUGAGUGUUCUUGAAGUCGGUGGCCUCAGCGAGACAGUGACUGUGCUGUCUCCGCGACAGUGAGUUCAUAUCUGUUUAUAGAAUGCGGAAGAAAACAAACGAUUUUGUUUGAUCUUGUUAAAAUGUGGAUUUUUAUCAAAUAUGAAUGCCCUCACGUCAUCAACGAACGAAGCAAUUAGGUUAAGUUGACAAGAGGCAUAAGUUCUUUCUAAGCACUACAUCAACAUGCUAUAGGCAUAUUUUGUAAAUGGUAAUACGUUCAAUAAACAAAUUGAUAGGCCAAGAUGAAAUAUGGUUUCCCAAGUUUUCACAUGGUGAUGCUAAACAAAUAUUUUAUGGCUCUAAUUAAUAAUUCCUUGCAAAUCAGGCAUUACGUAUUUGUAUAUAUAAAUAGUGUAUGAAGGGACUUAUUUCUACAAGAUGCCACACGUUACUCGAAAGUGGGAACUGUUCCCAGGAAGAAACCGAUUUUGUUGCGAUGGCAGAGUAAUGAUGGCUCCGCAAACUGGGGUCUUUUAUGUGACCGUGUGUCUCAUUGCUGGAACAAGUGGUUUAUUCUUUGUAUUUGAUUGUCCUUUCUUAGCUGUUCACAUAACACCUGCAAUACCAGUUGUUGGUGGUCUAUUAUUUAUUUUUGUAAUGUCUGCUUUACUAAGAACAAGCUUUAGUGAUCCUGGAGUUAUUCCAAGAGCAACGACCGACGAAGCUGCUUAUAUUGAAAAACAAAUUGAAGUACCAAACAAUGGAAAUUCUAAAAUACACAGACCUCCACCUAGAACAAAAGAGGUAUUAGUCAAAGGUCAGCCAGUAAAAUUAAAGUACUGCUUCACUUGCAAAAUAUUCAGACCACCAAGAGCAUCACAUUGUAGUUUAUGUGAUAAUUGUGUAGAGAGAUUCGAUCAUCAUUGUCCAUGGGUUGGUAACUGUGUGGGCAGAAGAAAUUAUAGAUACUUCUAUGCUUUUAUUGUCUCCCUAGCAUUUCUUUGUGUUUUUAUACUUACUUGUGCUAUUACACAUUUAAUAAUGCUAACAAGAGAUGGUAGGCCAUUUUUAGAAGCUGUAAGAAUAUCCCCUGGGAGUGUUGUUGUAGGAGUUAUAUGCUUCUUUUCUGUUUGGAGUAUUCUUGGCCUUGCUGGUUUUCAUACGCAUUUAACUACCAGUAAUCAAACAACUAACGAAGAUAUUAAAGGAUCAUUUUCCAUUAAAGUAGGGGAAGGAAGUUCCAAUCCUUAUAGUCAAGGAAAUAUUUGCGGAAACUGUUUCUAUGUGUUGUGUGGACCUGCACCACCUAGCCUAAUAGAUCGAAGAGGUAUCGUAACACCUGAGUAUCGAGCGGAGCAAGAAAAAGUCGGUGAUGACAGUGUCAUUACCAACAGCAAGGCAUACGGUACUGUGGAAGUUGUGCAACCACAGCCUAAUGGUACGACUGUUCAAACAAAUCCCAGUGCUGAACUCACGGGUUCGAUGAACAACCUUGUCACUGGUCAACAUUCACCGCAAAUUGAAUCAAUAAACGGUGAGUUAAGCCUUCUAAGGCACACUGCUUGUUAUCCCGAGGAACUUCCAGAGUAUUCGCGUCAAUACAUUAAUGACACUUACGCUACGGCAUAUCCCGUACAACAUUGUUUCCAGGAUCCUGUGAAACAUAUAAAAUAUGAGACAGAUAGAGCAAACCCUGAUUUUCAGAUAUAUCCAUGCAGAUGUGAGGAAAACUUACAGAAGUAUCCUCACAGAUGUAGGGAAGAAUAUCACAGAUGUUCGGAUAAUAAUUUAAUGUAUGAUCAGUGUGUCAGCGAUCAGAAAUUCGGCAUCGAUCUCCAGAAGUAUCCUCAAAGAUAUUCUGAAGAUCCAAUACGAUAUAAUAUUGAUGACAGAGCAGGAUAUCCUGAUUUGCAAAAGUAUCCGCAAUGUUACACAGAAGAUCCAUUGCGACUUCCCCAAUCUCAGCAUGUUCUCAAGUACAACAAUUUGAGAUGCACUGUUCAUGGUUUAAAAUAUCCGAUAUCAAAGAAUCUCUUGCCAACCGUCGUAAUGUCGCGAAUAUUAGGUGCUGGGGGAAUGCCGAUUAUGACUCAGAAUGCGAUAGGAUUUGAAAUUAAUAGAUACGGUUCAGGACCAUUAACUAAUAAUUUCACUUAUGCAGAAAAUUCUUUGUGCCCAAACGAUGGCACUGAAGAAGGUCUUUUAAAUCGAAGAUUCAUUAUGAGUAGCACCACAAACAGCGUAAGCCAACUUGUUACCAAUGAAGUACCACUAGCGUCGCUUAAUAUUGCUCCAAUUGAUAUCGACGAGAUCGCUCCGCUGCCUUCCAGACAGAGUGUUGUGGUUUCUUCCACGUUGGAUACGUCCUCUAUACCAUCGGUAACUGUAACAACCCCCUUAUCUGCAUCUAGACUUAGAUUAUUACAAGAUACGACCAUGAUAGAGUCCGCUUUAGACUUAGACUCUUUGGAAGAUGCCAGUGUGGGUAGAGGAAGUCAAGCAGGUCUCAUAAAAAUGGGGGCAGUAUAACGAAUUUAUACCUUUAAUCUAGAUAGAUUCAUAGAUUUUUAAAGUCAUUGACGCUUAUUAAAAAGAAUAGUGCAGAUCAUAUCGGUGUUUAAAAUGACAUUGACUAAAAACUUAAAUAACAUUUUUACUUUCGUGCACCACAAAUGAUGCUAGAGAUUAUAUUUUCAUUGUAAUCGUAAGUAAUAUUCUAUC